UCUCCCGCUGACUGACAAAUCAAACAGCUGUUUUUCAUCUGUGCGUAUUUUUCACAACACUUUUGCCUGCCUCCAAAAGAAUUUGCCACAUUUUCCGGGAAAGAAUAUUAGAAAAAGAAAAAAAUGGUUGCUGGCGGCGCAACAGACACGGGUGGCGUAAAGCCCAUGGCCAUAGCGGGUCGCAUGGUGCGCGAACGCGAGCGUCUAAUUGGCAUGUCGCCGGACGAACGCGCCUGGCGCAAACAGUGGCUCAAGGAUCAGGAACUGCAUCACGGACCGCGCAAGGUGCCCGCCUUGGAGCUGGAACUGAACAAUCCCAUUAAGCGCCUCUAUCGCGCACCCUUGGACAAGAUUUGCAACAUUCUGACGCCGGCGCUGGGCUUCCAACGGGCCUACACCGUGCGCUAUUGGACAGGAAAGGCGCUGAUUGCGCUGACGGGCAUCUAUGCGGGCGCCUACUACUUCAAAUACAACCAGAAUGAUUGGACUCGCAAGGGUGGCUGGCGUGUGAUUUCCUCGCGCAAGGCUUGUGUGCCCGGUGACGAGGGUUAUCCCCGUGUCUCCGAUCGCACCGCGCCCUCCGAUUAUGCCACGCGUGGCUUCAAGCAGUCCCCCAUCUAAGUGGAGACGCCAACGAUGCCUUUUCUUAAGUUCAUAAUAUAAAAUAAUGUUAGCAAAACGCAAUCGCAAUAAACAUGGAAAGAGAAACAGAAACAGAAA